AUGAACCAGAGUGGUGGAAGUCACCGAGGUGCACUGAACCUUGCUGAAGGCAUCGACUUUGAUAAUAAAGAUAGAGGAGAAGGAAAAAACAGUAACAGCGAAGGUCAUGAUAAUCAUAGGCUAGAUUCUCGCUCUCACGACGCUGGAGAUCGUCUAUCUGGGGAGUACCUCGAUGAUAAUUGGACCUCUAAUUUACUUAUGGACUCUGGAAAUGAGAUAUUCUACAAUAUGGGUUUCGAGGGACAUGGGGAUUUGAAUUCUGCAACUCUGACGAACCCCAUUGUGCAUAAUAUUUCGUAUCAAAACGAUGUUCAUGUACCCGACAGUAAGCAACCUUCUCAGGAUAACCAUCAGAGUUUUGAUGUAACAAAGGCUAGCGAUCAUACGAACAAUCAGCUUGAGCAGUCAGUUUCAUCUGUACCAGCGGAAGGAUCAAUUUCUGCCUCCAAUGUCAAUCAAAAUAACAAAUCAUAUACCAAGCAACGAAGGCCUUGUGACCAUUGCAGAAGAAGGAAGACGAAAUGUGUAAUAAUACCCAAUACUAACAACUGUGUUCAAUGUGAGUCUAAAUCGCUCACUUGUACUUAUGUUGGCCUGGCAAUGAAGCGGAAGGCCGUGGACACAGAUUCUUUUCAAAGUCUCAAGAGGAGAGGCGAAGGGCCGAAUCAGCAUUCAAAUCUGGGCACUCCAAUUGAUGACAAGAAUAAGAUUAUUCCACCAAAUGUGCCAAUUCGAGAUGUUCCUCCUGUUCAGGAUUACUCAAUGAUGAAUAAUUCUUUGUUACGAAAAACUCUCUCGUUACAAUUUCCUAGGUCAAGUUUCUAUGUGGGACCAACAUCUUAUCUUUACGACAUAAAUCUACUAAAUUUGAUCAUUGAUUCGAAAAAUAAUGAUCAAGAUAAUCGAAGCAAUAAUGGCAAAGGUAAUCUAGGAAAAAUAGAGCAAGUGAAUAUAAAUGACACCAUUUCUUUAAGAAAAGUUAGUGAUCGUGUUCAAUUUGUUUUAAAGGACGAUCAAUCCCCUGAAUCCUACCAGACAAUAUCCAACGACGUGGAUAAAGUAGAGAAAUUUAUAGCGCCUCAUGGUCAAAUAUUGAUAGAUCUUUACUUCAGGAUAGUGCAUCCCUCGUAUCCAAUACUCCACAAGAAAGUUUUUUUAGAAAAAUAUUCUAGAACGCAUAGAGAGUUUAGUGCACCUUUACUAGCAGCUGUAUAUGUUUUGGCGAUUCAAUGGUGGGACUAUGAUCCGCAGCUAAAUAGGUAUCCAAAACCUGAAGUGGAAUCGAUAUUGAAAAUAGGUCUAAAUAACUAUUUGUUAGAGAUUUUAAAAAGGCCAAAACUAAGUGCAGUUCAAGCAGGCUUGCUAUUGCUACAGUGCAAACAUAUCUUGAGAAAUUCUGCUAUCAAUAAUUCUAAUAGUAGUAAUUCAUCUCCUGUGAAUGCUGCUACAUCGACCUUCUGUGAUACUGAUUACAGUGAAUGGGUAUUAUGUUCCCAGGUAGUGUCAUUGGCAGAAGAACUAGGCUUAGGAUUAGACUGCAAUAACUGGAAGCUUCCGAAAUGGGAGCGAGGUCUUAGAAAGCGACUUGCUUGGGCAACAUAUAUGGAAGAUAAGUGGCUAGCGUUGAAAAAUUCUCGUCCUUCCCACAUUAAUGAAAAUAACUGGGUGGUUGUUCUGUUAGUGGAAGAAGAUUUUCCCGAAAAACAUGGUGAUGGUGAUUUAAAGGAAGGUUCUUCUGAUAUUGACAAUGGUAAGAAAUUGUUCAUGAAUCUUAUUCAGUUAUCGACUAUAUUAUCUGAUAUAUUGAAUGAAUUUUAUUCUAUGAGGGCAAUGAAUGAAUUGACGGAUAUCAACGAUGUGUUGAAAAUCGCAAAACCCCUACAAUUAAGAUUGAGAACAUGGUACCAUUCUUUACCCAUCGAGCUUCAAAUGAGCUCGGUGAAACAAAGAAAAUUGUGUUCCAAUGGGUAUUUACAAUUAGCCUACUUUGCAACGGAACUUACCCUUCAUAGGCGUAUCAUUACAACCAUAUACCAACAAAAGAUGAUGGGAAAUAACCUCCCGGACCAAUUAGUCAGCGUGUGUCGAUCAGCUGCUGAGACUCGAUUGCUAGCCUCUGUUGAAUUUGUCAGAGAUUUGAAACCCGAACACAUUCAUUCCUUUUGGCAUUCUUCCUCAUCCUCAAAUUUCGCAUUAAUUGGUACUUUUGCGGCGAUUUUAUUCAUUUCUUCUUCUAGCAAAGAAGAGGCAGAAUUUUACAAAGAUCAGAUCUUCAACUACAGAUGGAUUUUGAAGAUAUCAUCUAAAGGAUUUCAUCAAGUAGGUGACGCUCUUCUUAAACUUGAUCUCAUACUAAGUCAUAUACCUGGACUUCUUAAUGAGAGUGCCGAGCUUCCAAUGGUUGUUCCAACAGUUAUAGCUUCAGAAGACUCCAGAGCAAAUGGAUACAAUCAGAACCAACCUGUAUCAUCUAGUAUCUAUCACUACCAAGGAAAUGAAUAUUCAGAGAUAAAUGAACAAGGUCGACAACAUAAUACGUUACAACAGCCUCAAUAUCGAAUGAAUGGUCCACAAAUGGCACCUCCUCUGCAUCCCACACCACCUGUGUCUCAUCAAAGUAUGAAUAUUGGUGGGCUGUUCGUGUCACCUCUGUCCUCCCAAAGUUUAUCACCAAAGGAAUCUUUAAAACAAAGAUCAGGACAAGUGUCCUCAAGAAUAGAAUCAGAUAAACCAAGAUCAAGAUUAAACUCAAAACCUAAUAGUCCCAUAAUUACGAGAUCCCCAAAUGAUCAAAGAAGAAAUAUAAAUUCGACCGACAAAGCUUCAGUAAAUGCGGCACAUUCUGAUUAG